UUCGUACCAACGCCACAAACUGGCCGUUUUGGGCCCCAGACAUCGCCCUGGGUCCUAAGAACCCAGUGGUUACUACCUCGACGGCCCUUGACCGGCAACAGCGCUGGCACGCGCGUUUGGGCAGCCCAAGAUGCCACAUAAAUAACCAAGGACCAUGCCAGGGGGCAGCCUCCGCCUCGACGACGACCCCUUCGCCUCGUUCCUCGACCAUGACCCCUUCGAGGCGGCCCUGCAGAGUACUGACAAGGACUACAACUGGGUCCUGCGCAGCCCCAGAGGAAGACGCGCCGAGGCCAAAUACGCCUCGGACGACGACGACGAGAAGGAUGUAGUGCCGCUCUUCACGCAUGCGAGAAUCGCUGCAGAGAAGGCAAGAACCCGUUCAGUCGCGAUCGGCACGGACAGCGCAUAAAUCAAAUCGUGGCCUCGACGCCAUCGACGCGCGCGCGACGGCGUGGCGGCUGCACCCGACUCACCGGUUGAUUUCGCACAGGCACAGACCCCCCCAAGGAAGUGCCCAAGGAGGAAUUCGAGAGAUUAGAGGAAAAGCUGGAAGAGCUCAAAAAAGAAGCGGCCGAGGACCUCGCUGAUGAUGGCAGCGUGGACUCCGAACUGGAAGAGCGCAUCAAGGAACUCCAGGAGACGUUAGUCGACGUGGUGCCCGUUGAAAAAGGACCGCCGACGGGCCUGCGGUUACUGCGCGCGGCGGCGCGGGCCGUGCUCAUCUUCGUGGCGGCGCCGCGCGUCGCCGUGCGGCGGAAACGGCAGGCGACGCGGGACAAGGACCGCGAGGCCCACUUAUCAGCUAUCCUGGACGCCUUCCAAGCCUCCCACGAGUGGCUCGGCUCCGUUACUCAUGCAUAUGUGAGCGACCUGCAGAAAGCCACGGACCUGGCUCCCAAUGAUACACAAAAGGCACAUAAGCAGCGGAAGCGCGCGCUGGAGUUAGCUUCGAGAGCCGACAACUUGGUGGAGGAGGUCUUAGAAAAUAUCGAGGACAUUCCACCGGAAUUAAUCAAACUGACAGGAUUGUGGGCUAUUGAUAGAUUCUAUGCCCCGGCCUGGUACCUGUGGCGCUGCGAAAGAAAAGUACUCCAGUUCGACGAGCUCGGAGCUACUAGACAAACUUUGUGGGAGCUCGAGGACGACGAGACGGCGGCGCUCGCGGCCAAAAGUGCACGCGCUAGGUUGAACGUCGCGGCGCCUACUGUCCAAGACUACAGGUACGUGGGCGACAACUUCACGGACGCGACGCCGGCGUGCGUCGACGCCGGUGUGGUGGACGACGUCGACGGGUUUCCGUGCUGUCCGCAGCCGUGGCCGCGCAUUCUGGGAAGGUGCUUUGAGAGAAGGCCUGAUGAUCCACCACCACCUAUAGAUCCCGUCGUUCUGAGGGCGUUGCUGCUGAACUUUGUGGUCGGGAGGGUUUUAAUUCCGUGGGUCGUGUUAAGGCCGUUCCUGGUGAGUGAUCCCCCUGCGGUGAAAUCAGAACGGGAAAGAGCCGCGAAGAAUGCAAGAGCCGUCGCCUCGUUGCUCUGGCGUGCUUUAUUGAAGGUCGGCGGCCCGCACGCCGAUCUGGCUGUUAAUUCGAGACCGAGCCGCGGCGUCGAGGCCUCGGAAGCGAACAGCGCGGAGAUCGCCUGGCAGUACAUGCAGCCGCGGUCCAUCGCUAAUAGAAUGAUGUGCCGCCCGCGCGUGCCCUACGCGCGGUCGCGGCCCGCGGCGCCGCGGCCGCCUCCCGAGAGAGCGGCGGACGGCGCCCCGCCCUGGACCGUGGAGGCGCCCUGCGACGCGGACGUGCACGCGUGGAUCGUGUCUUCCUUUAGACGCAUGCCCAAGCGCGAGGCGUUCCUCCAGGAUCAAGAUUUAGUGAGAGUGCUCUACCCGGAGGACGCCUGGGGCGCCGGCGCGGCGGACGUUUUGGAGCAGGCGGCGAACGACAUCGCCGCGGACCUGGCGACGCUCGGCGAUAGAGUUGUGUGCGCCGUCCUCGAGGCGCGGGGCGUGCGGUAAUCAAAACAUGUGUUA